UGAGAAUUUACAACACACGUGUGAAUCAUAGCUUUGAAUAAGAGCGUAUGUUUAAAAAUGAUCACUUUACAAAACUGCGUUAUCUUUCAAGAGGGUUCUAUGUCUAUCUCUAACAUACUAAUUCAAAUCAUCCAGGGAAUUUAAUAUGUACUUUGGAUAAAUAUUUUCCUUCUCUAUAUCUUCACGUUUUGAAACGCCUGAUAAAACUAGGAGUGUGUCUAAACCACCCUCUUGUCCGAACUUUAUGUCUGUAUUCAGUCUAUCACCAAUCAUGAGUGUUUCUUCAUUAUUCAAGUGGUUCUUGUCAAGAAUACAAUCGAGCAUUUCUUUAUUUGGUUUGCCUACAACGGUUGGUGUUCUACCUGAAGCUAAUAUCAAUGGGGCUGACAAACUACCACUUCCUGGGAAUAUACCGGCUGACUGUGGGAAUGUACUAUCAUCAUUAGUCAGAACGAAAUUAACGUUCUUGUUUUCCAAGUAACUGAACGCGUGCGAUAAUUUUGAGUAGUUUAACAUCAAAUCCAUACCGCAAAGUACUGUAUCUACUGAAGGAUCAAUUGAGUCUUUUAUACCCUUGAAAUCAAUAUCAGUCGUUAACUUGUUGUAUUCUUCUGAUGUACCACCGAUGUGUUCAAUCCCUUCGGUAUCUAAUUCGUGUUCCAAACCAGACAUACCAAUAACGAAUGCUUUCUUAGACUUUAAUUUGUACUUCAAAUAGACGGUAGCUGCGUAUGCGCUGCCGUAGAUUUCAUCAGUUGAGACAUCCAAGCCAAACUUCUGAAAUUUAGUACGGUAUUGCUCUCUAGAUUGACUAGCGUUGUUAGUGACAAAAAUGAGUCUCUUAUUGUGCUUUCUAAGGUGAUCUAUGAACUCUUUACUUCCUGGGAUGAGUUCAUUUCUCUCCAUAAAACACCAUCACAGUCGAACAAUACUGUAGUGUACUUAUUGAUUAAUUCUUCAAAUCCGAUGGUUGACAUUACUAUACACCUUGAUCAACAGCGACGAUGGUCAAAAGAAAGGAAAUUAAAAAUGUUUUAAAAUUGGAUGAAGAUGAGGAUAACAGUUCAGAGGAGGAGAACUAUGAUGGCGUUACAGAGGAAUCGAUGCAAAAAAUCAUCCAACUUUUAGGUGAGGACGGUUUAGAUCAACAAGCUAAAGAUCAGCUCGCUUACCUCGACCAAUUAGAGACUGGAAAAUCAGACGAUUUGCUUGACGACGAGGCAGAAUUAUCUGGAGAAGACGACGAAGACGAGGAAGAAAAUGACGAAGAGGAAGACGAGGAAGAGGAAGAGGAAGAUAGUUUCAUUAAUGAUGCCCCAGAGGACGAAGAAGAAGACGCUUCAGAGGAGGAAGAAGACGUCGCUCUCGAAGAUGUCACUGGCGAAGUCGACGAAGACACCCGCGCUCAAAUCAAAACUAAAGUCGUCGUGAACAACAAAGCAGCAAUCAGUCGCAUCCUAUCAAACAUAAAGCUCAGUGAUAAACUUCCCUUUAUUGAAACACUCGCAGUCACAGCAAAUCAAUCCAUCACAGAUUAUGGUGCUGUAGACGUAUACGAUGAUUUAUCACGUGAAUUAGCAUUCUACAAGCAAUCAUUAGACGCAGUCAACAAAGCUAAACCAGAGAUUCUCAAAUCUGGUACUCCAUUCACCAGACCGACAGAUUUCUUCGCAGAAAUGGUUAAAACUGAUGUACAAAUGGAGAAGAUUCGUCAAAAGAUGUUAGAUGAAAAGAGCAACAUUGAAGCCUCAGAACGCGCUCGUAAACAACGUGAAUUGAAGAAGGUUGGUAAGAAGGUUCAAAACGAGAAGACGCUUGAGAGACAGAAGAGCAAAAAGGAAAUGGUCGAUAAAGUCAAAUCACUCAAACGUAAAAAGGGUGGUGUUGAAGGCCUUGACGCUGGUGAUGACGAUUUCGAUAUACAGCUUGAAGAUGCACUCGAGGGCGGUGAAGACAAAAAGAAGAGAAAAAUGUCAAGAAACGCACGUGAUGCCAAGUUUGGACAUGGUGGUAAAAAGAAAUACGCAAAAUCUAACACAAAGGAAUCAACUAAUGCACCAUUUAAAGGUGGUAAAUCGAAGAAUUCAAGACCAGGCAAAUCCAAGCGGAUGGCUGGUAAAUAAACUCUCUAAUCUAUUUAUUCUUUCCUUUUAUAUAUAGAUAAUGCAUAAUAUUAUU